GUGCUGUCUCUCCGCGUGCAAUAUAAUGCGGUGAGCUACCAUAUCUCGUGCCAUAUUUCCAACUCUAUCUUGUUGUUCAAGUGAAACCUCAGGUGAGAGGGGAAAGAGACGGAUUUAUGUUCUGAGCAGCGUGUUGUUCUGGCACUUAACCAAAGCAAUAGCUUCAUAGACAUCAAAUACCUAGUAGACUCUUGCUGUAAGAAAUGGCCUAUACUAUAAAGGCACAUUUGCCAACAAAUUCACCCCCUAUCCAGGGCACGCCUGCGUUACUUAUCCAGCAGCCGUGUGGACUUGGUGAGGCAGCGGAUUCAAACACAGCAUUUGGCAGCCCCGAUGCCAAUCCUGUGAUUCCCUGCUUCGCACCUAGCCCACAGAUUCAGUGUCCCGUGGCAGGUUCCGAUGUACUAUUCUCAGGCUUCGUCACCACGGGAGCGAGAUUGGAUGGAGCAUCAAGUAAAACGUCGUCGACUUUGAACUCUGACAUGAGUAGUAGUACUACGUGUGGGAGUCUGCCAGUGGAAGGCCUUCCCGUCUAUGGGGGAUUGGACACCCUUGCGCAGACCCCUGGAUCAGCUAGAUUUCCACCAUUUCCGCAAGAUCUCAGCCAACAGCCACACAACCUGACAGCUCAUGCACCUAACGGACUCAUCUCCGAAGGAGAUAACAUUAUGUCAACACUGUUCGCUUCACGGAUGACCUUAGCCUCCAGUACGACGGCUACCGCGGGUCACAGCCUAGGACAGGAAUACGAAAGCCCUGGCAUGCAUCGAAGCCAGUUCCUAUCAAGAACUCUGGAGCAAAUGCCAUUUAGGCCAGCCAUGUCGGAUGGUAUCGGUACAGACGCAUUCAGAUCCGGUGUGUUUCCAACUUGGUCUCCGCAGGCGGCCAGGAGAGCUUUGCCACCCGUGCAUUGCUCUAUUGGUUCCCUGGAUGAUGGUGGGAAUGCUAGCCGAUGCCGACUCCAUGGUAUAUUUCACACGCAGCGAAAACGCCCAACUGUCAAUCCCACAAGGUACCAUUUCGUGUGUCCCCAGUGCACCACGAUUCUCACUGCGUUCUUCAAGCAGUGCCCAUAUCCGACUGCGCCACAGAAAAAGGACCUGCUCAGAAUGGUGGGCAUGGAGCGACAUCAGCUGGACAACUGGUUCUGCAACAAGCGCCGCAAGAAGCCUGAACCCUGCGGAUCUCCGACCUCCACGACACCAGACGGCUCCCCAUCCAGCUCGAUGAUGUAAAGAUAACGCGAGCCUGGACAAGAUCUUCAAUUCAGUAAAAUAUUUUGUGCUGUGAAGGACGUGGCAAUCCAGCUCCAGUACUGAGACCGACUUUGUGGAAUUGUGAAACCUCAAAUGAUAUCUCCUUCAAUUUCAUGCUUGAUUUCUUCUACAUGUAUUCAGUGACUCGUACUUCAUUGUUCCUUUCUUUUCUACAUGUAUUUUAUUUAUCCUUGGCUCUCCAUCCGAGUCCGUUUUACUAUUCCGUUGAGAUUAAUUUUCCUUUCUUUCUCCAAAAGAAAUUAAAUACAUGUACAUGUACAUGUACAUGUACAUGUUACAGUAUACAUGGACAUUGUGUGUAACUUUGCGUCUCGAACUACAUGUACAUUUCGUCGUCUUUAUAAUUAUUAUGGCUUUGCCUAUGGUCACUGAUAGUCCUGAACAGUUGCAUUUCGUAUUCAUUACACUAUUCGUGGAAUAUCGAAUUCUUCUUCUAAAGGAAUGUUCAUCUUUAUUGCUUACGGAAUCCGAACAAUCAGUA